AUGGCGGAUCAAGACUACUUAGCAUACCUAUCACUCCUUAUAGAGAGGGGAAUUAGCCCAUCAGGACUCAGUGAAUACUUGCACGCAGAAGACGGUGAUGAUGAAAUGGACAGCGAUUCCGUCAGACUGCCGCCAAAUGAUAGUCCUAAUUCUGCUUCCGUUGCGACUUCGUCUCAGGAGUCUGUAGAUGUUGAUGAUUCGGCUGUUGAGAGAGACGACGUCGUAGUGGUGGAGGAUGAGGAUGAAGAUGGCAGUAAUGAGAGAAGAAACUAUAAUAAUAGCGAAGGUGGUGAAACUUCAUCGUCCAAGGAUAAUAAAGACGAAGAAGAAAACGUGGAUGCAGAAGGGGAGUUCAACAGGGAUGAAAUUGAUGGCUUAAUUUGCCCCAUUUGCUUCGAGGCUUGGUCGUCUGGCGGUGACCAUAGGGUCUGUUGUCUUCCAUGUGGCCAUAUAUAUGGUUUGGUUUGCAUCAAGAAAUGGUUGCAGGGUCGAGGCUCAGGCAAGUGUCCACAAUGCAAAAAGAAAUGCUCGUUAAAGAGUAUUCGAGUACUAUAUGCGUCUCGGAUUGCUGCUAUUGACGAGGAGUUACAAAAGAAAGUUCGGUCUCUGGAAGCUAAAUGUUCUUCUCUCAAGGAAAAGAAUGAUGACUUGUCUGAAAAGCGAGUUGAAUGGCAGAAGAAAGAAGCUGAUUUGUGCAUGGAAGUGCACUAUCUCAAAGAGACAACACGCUACUUGGAGGGUCUAUUAGAAGGUGGGAAAUCCAGACCAUCGGGGUCAUCUGUGGCUAGGAGUGGUUGUCAAGGAGAAGUUAUUCUCGGAGACGUCGUUGAACAAGAGUUUUACCGGCAAGGAUCUUCAAAUAGUUUUAUGUUGCAGAAAGACUUACAAGUAGAUGGUGCACGUAUUUUCGAUGUUGAUUCAUCGAGUCAGAUUUUGAUAAUUGCUCGAAGGCUAUCAGGAAUGGGAACAAUGAAUGUGCUCACUAAGAUGAGCUUGAUACCUUCGCAUGAAAAAGAGGACAUUCAUCUCCCUGUGGGAUUUAAAGCAGUCAAGGACCUGCGGGUUUCUCCUCAUGCUAGACUUGUGCUAUUGGCUUCCUUAGGGAAGAAAUUAUCAGUGGUUAGCACACAAAGCAAUAAUACCGUUCUUACUUAUGAUUUACCGGCGGCUGCGUGGUCAUGUUCCUGGGAUCUCAGCAACUCGCAUUAUAUAUAUGCUGGAUUACAGAAUGGCAUAGUAGUGCAGUUUGACAUGCGUCAAACCAUGAAGCCUGUGGAAUCCAUUAAUGGGUUGACGGACAACCCAAUUCAUACUGUAUACUCUCUUUCUGCUGGUUCAACUGUCAGCUGUGGUGUUAAAGGCGUCCUUACUGCCUCGUCCGUUGGUUUAUGUCAUUGGGACUUUGGUAGAAGUGGAAGAAGGCCAUAUUUAAUUCCAGGAUCUGAGAAUCAAGGAGUUUGCAUAUCUCUUGCUUAUUCUCCCUCCAGCGAUGACAUUGUUGCUUCAUUUCGUCCUAAAAUUGAGAUAUCUGGUGACUUGACUAUUACUCAACCUACACUUAGUGCUUCUGCUUCUCUUUCUGGGGAAGGAGUACAGGGAUCUCAUGUUCUUUACAAUAGAGUUGGUGGUAGAUAUGAAAAAUUAGGAGCGACUUGUACCAAUGUGAGUGGUAUCCGACUCCCAAAAUCUGCAAUAGUAGAUGGAGUGUCUCAGAACCCUUUGUUUGCUUCUGGGGAUGAAGAGUACUUGGCUGCCUGGCCGAGGAUUCCUUGCAACUAUUCUCAACUAAGCUCCUCUAAGGUGCAGGUGUCAUCUGGAUUCUAA